AUGACAGCCAUGGAGCAGCCUAGUUGGGUUGCUGCAGCAAUGCAGCCGGGCUUGGGUCUGUUUGGGGCUUACCUGCUUGCAGCCUGGAGUAAUCCCUGCCAGGGCCUGGUUUGGGGUUCACCUGGUUGUGGCCUAGUUGGUGUCUCCAUGGCAAUGCAGCCUGGCUUGGACUAUGUGUUUGGUGUUCAUCUGGGUGUAGCCUCGUGGUUGCCCUAGCAAUGCAGCCUGGUUUUGCACUACCCCUUGCCAGGGCUUCAGUUUAGGGUACAGCUACCUGAGGCCUAGUCCAGGUGUCUGUGGCAACACCCAGAUUUAGAGUGCACUCUGCCAGGGCCUCUAUUUAGGGGCCACCUGGCUACGGCCUAGUUGGGUUGCUAUGCCUAUGCCGUGUGGCCUGCAGUAUCCCCUUCCAAGGACUUAGGUUUUGGGGUGCACCAGUUGUGCCCCUUUAUGACAGCGAAGCCUGGUUUGGAUUAGGCCUGAUGGCACUGCCCAUAGCGACCUGGAGUGGGGCUGGACCUUGCCCCUUCUAUCAAAGCAAUAUUUGGCUUCACCACUAUUGAAAAACUGCCAGGCAGCCAUCGUUAUUGAGGGCAACUACACAAGUGGGGGGAGGAAUUGGUAGGUGGCUAUUCUGAAUAAGGGCAGCCCUGCCAGUAGGGAACCCAUGCUUGUUAAGGGCACUUGAAACUUCAAGCUGCGAACAGGCAGCUAUAUUUGCACGGGGUAUAACGACUCCUGUAUAACAAAGCGGCAACGGCUGCCAUCUUAACUGAGGGCAACUGGAAGAAAGGCGCUGCUAGCAGCCAUCUUGGCUAAGGGCAGCACAGCGUUUUCCCACCAAUGGACAAAACAAGAACGAAGCUGGCGGCUAUCUUUUAUGACGGCAAAGAGAAGCCACGUGAACCCAGCGGCUUGAAGACCACACGAAUUAUCGCAACAUUCACAAUGGUCACAUAGCAAUGACGUAGAAAGGCGGGGAUAACGGUCUGUGGGGCACCGAUUGGUUUCGUCGGGGGUGGGGGGGCCGCGGUCACUCGUGGGUUAACCUGCCUUGCCGCGGUGCAUGCUGGGAGCCGUAGGCAGGAUCCGGCUCCAGCUACAGCAACAGCCCCGGGGAUGUCUCUACUAGCCAACGUUCACGAGGGGCUGCCCCCGCCCCGCCCCAGCCCCCCGGCCCAGCUCUCCCUGCUCCGCGGCACCUACUUCUACUACCACUACGGCUGCGACGGGACAGAUGACCGGGGUUGGGGCUGCGGCUACCGGACCCUGCAGACGCUCUGCUCCUGGCUGUUGGCGGCCGGCGCUGGGGUGGGGGCCGUGCCUGGCUUGCGGGCCCUGCAGGAGGGACUGGUGGCCACGGGCGACAAGCCUCCUGCCUUCGCCGGCUCCCGGGACUGGGUGGGCACGGUGGAGGCGGCCAUAUGCCUGGACCGUCUCCUGGGCGUGCCAUGCAAGCUUGUGCACAUCCAUGAGGGUCGGGGUCUGGCGGCGCACGUGGGGGCCUUGCACGCUCACUUCCGGGGGGGUGGAGGCCCUGUGAUGAUGGGGGGCGGCACGGAUCACGGCGCCAAGGGCGUCCUGGGGGUCUGCUCAGAACCCCCCACCCACUACCUCCUGGUGCUGGACCCGCACUACUGGGGGGGCCCUGGCAGCCUCACGAGGGAGGGGGCACAGACCAGGGGCUGGGUGUGCUGGUGGGAGCUAGGUAGCUUUGAGCCGGACUCCUUCUACAAUCUCUGCCUGCCGCAGCUUCGCCUGGGCCGGGCCUCGUGACGCGCAGAGGGCCCUCGUGUGAGCGGGCAGCGCACCGGGACUCUCUUGUGCCUGGCGCUGGCAGAGAAGGCUCAGUAAAGGAAGGGUUCAAAGUG